AAAAUGGUCAGGAUAUUGAAUGUUGCAGAGAAAAAUGAUGCCGCGAAGUCAAUCGCUGCUGUCAUGUCAAGGGGAAGUGCUCGAAAGGAACCAUUGUAAGGGCUGAAUAUUGAUCCUACUCUAGCUAUGAAGCAUCUUUAUAACAAAGAUUGGGAAUCAACUGUGAUGUAUAAAAGGCAGGGCAUUCACUACUGGCAUAGAGGGAAGGAUUUUCCAAAUUCAACAAGAUUUAUGAAUUUGAGUACAACAUUCUGAAUCACAACAAUUGCACUAUGACCAUGACAUCAGUGUCCGGCCAUCUUUUAGGGCUGGACUUCAUAGGCAAUUACAAGAAAUGGUAUAGCUGUAAUCCUGUUGCCCUGUUUGAUGUGGAGGUGGAGAAGUACUGUCCUCAAAAUUUUAUGGACAUCAAAAGAACUCUCGAAAGAGAGGUAAAAGGAGCACAGUCCCUUAUCAUCUGGACAGACUGUGACCGUGAAGGCGAAAACAUUGGGUUUGAAGUCAUUCAAGUUUGUAAAAAUGUAAAACCGAACAUACCAGUAUACCGAGCAAGGUUUUCUGAGAUCACUCCACAAGCAAUCCAAAGAGCCUGUAGAAACCUACUUGAACCUGACAAGAACACCAGUGAUGCUGUAGAUGUCCGAAUGGAGCUGGACCUAAGAAUAGGGGCUGCAUUUACAAGAUUCCAGACGUUAAGACUACAGAAAAUAUUCCCUGAGGUUCUGUCAGAUCAGCUGAUCAGCUACGGCAGCUGUCAGUUCCCUACCCUUGGUUUUGUGGUGGAAAGAUACAAACAAGUUCAAGCUUUUGUACCAGAGCCAUUUUGGAAGAUCAAAGUGACCCACAAACAGGAAGACAGUAACAUAGAAUUCAGCUGGAAAAGGGUGCGCCUUUUUGACAACACUGCUUGUCUGGUUUUAUAUGAACACUGCACUGAGAAUCCUACUGCAACAGUGAAAGAUAUCAAGUGUAAAAGUAAAAGCAAGUGGAGGCCUCAGCCGCUGGAUACUGUGGAAUUGGAAAAGCUUGCUUCUAGAAAAUUACGAAUAAAUGCUAAGGAAACAAUGAAAAUAGCUGAAAAAUUGUACACUGGAGGGAACAUUAGCUACCCUCGAACAGAGACCAACAAAUUCCCACCAGACUUUGAUCUUAGGAGACUAGUGGAACAACAGACCGUUGAUGACGAAUGGGGAGAGUUUGCAGGGAGAGUGUUAGAGCAAGGGCCAAGGCCACGGAAUGGCAAUAAGACAGAUCAGGCCCAUCCCCCCAUACAUCCUACCAAGUAUUGUAACAACCUACAGGGCAAUGAAAAAAGAAUUUACGAUUUUGUUGUGAGACAUUUCCUAGCAACCUGCUCCAGUGAUGCACAGGGUCAGGAAACCAUUGUGGAAAUAGACAUUGCAGAGGAGAAGUUUUCAGCUCAGGGCCUAAUGAUUACUGCCAGGAAUUACCUAGAUGUGUAUCCUUAUGACCGCUGGAAUGCCAAGGUGAUUCCAGUGUACAGCCAAGGAGAUACUUUCCAGCCUAACUCCAUAGAGAUGACUGAAUCAGAAACAAGCCCUCCAUCUUUACUCUCAGAGGCUGAUUUGAUUGCUUUGAUGGACAAACAUGGCAUUGGAACAGACGCUACUCACGCUGAUCAUAUAGAGACCAUCAAAAGUCGCAUGUAUGUUGGACUACAGGGAGAUAACAGAUUCAUCCCUGGUCAUCUUGGAAUGGGACUUGUGGAGGGUUAUGAUGCUAUGGGAUACGAAAUGUCCAAACCAAAUCUCCGAGCUGAAUUAGAGGCAGAUUUAUCAAGGAUUUGUUCUGGCACUAAAGAUAAAAAUGUUGUAUUAGAAGAGCAGAAACAGAAAUACAAACAAGUGUUCAUUGAAGCUUGUCGACAGGCGUUGAAGAUUGAUGAAGCACUGGCCAAGUAUCUGGGAGAGGCCCAGCCUAUGCCUGCUGAACAUGCUUUAGAAACAUUAGCCUCUUCACCCAUAAAGAAAUGUCCCAACUGUGGUCAGGAUAUGAUGUUGAAAUCAAAGAAAGACGGAAAAGGCUUCUACAUUGGCUGUAUGGGUUACCCAAACUGUAGAAACGCCGUCUGGCUGCCUGAUUUUGUACUGGAAGCCACUGCUGAAGACAGCAAUUGUCAUAAUUGUGACAGAGUACGCCUGAUCAAGUUUAAGUUCAAACGAGGUUCUGUCCCUCCUAUGGUGCCUACAGAGUACUGUGGCUGUAUAGGAUGUGAUGAAACCCUCACUGAGGCCCUGAAUCUUAACAGGAACAUUGGUUCAAGUCAGAGGCCUGUUCCAUCUUCCAACCAGACAAAUCUGUCUGAUAGUGGUAUAGGUUCAACGUACCACUCCCAGUCCCAGGCCAGUGGUAGAACAAACAGCAGGCCGACACAGUCUACCCAGCCUCAGAGGACACAAAAUACCUCAAUGUCCAACAGUACAAACCAACAGAACAACACAAAUAACCAGAGGUACUCCAAUACAAAUAAUAACACCUACAAUACCCAGACAGGAUAUGGCUCCCAGGGAGGUAACUCCCGUGCUCCCUUGGUGCCUGUGAUGCCAUUCAACACAUCUGGUCCUACAGCUGAUGGUGGUGGUAAUGCCAUUGUGUGUUCCUGUGGGGAGGAUGCUCUGUUACUGACUGUUCGUAAAGAGGGACCCAAUACAGGUCGGCAAUUCUACAAAUGUGGGUCCUCUAAAUGUAAUUUCUUCCUGUGGGCUGAUGAGACACCUAACAAUGAGGAUGGAGGAGGAGGAGGCGGAGGUGGAGGAGGGGGAGGAGGCGGCGGCUACGACUCAUACAACAGAACCACCAACACUUCUGGAAGGGGAAACCCACCUCCACAAUCAGGAGAGUCAGGAGGCGAGGAAUGUAACUGUGGAAACCUGGCUAAAAAAUUAUCAGUGCAAAAAGAAGGCCCAAACAAAGGGAGGCAAUUCCUAUCGUGCAAUAAACCCCGUGGUGAAGGUUGUAAUUUCUUCCAAUGGGUUGAUGAAGCAGGAAUGAAUGAAAAUACCCGUGGAGGUGGUGCUACCUGGAAACAAGGAGACUCUAAAAAACGUGCGGGGUCUAACAGUGGGGGACCGACAACCAAGAAGGCGAGGAAAUGUGGGUUAUGUGGAGAGGAAGGCCACACAAGAAAGACAUGUCCACACAAGUGAUCGUGAAUUAGAGGGACCAAGCUGUGAUAUUUAGCAUUCUUUUUUACCUGGCAUGUGUAAUGCAUAUGUUAAAAAUAAAAAAACAAUCAAAACCUACA